AUGACCCCAUCAACAACAGCCCAAACUCCAUCGCCAGUCCACCUCUUCGACCUCGCACCGGACCCAUGGUCCGCAAAUGUCCUUAAGACCCGCCUAAUCCUAAACCACAAAUCAAUCCCCUACACCGAGUCCCGGAUUUCCUACCCGGACAUCACGCCUGUCCUGCAGUCCCUAGGCAUCGCACCGCACCCGCCUGCGUCAAAGCAGCCAGCACCAUACACACUCCCCGCAAUUCUGCACAAUGGGCUCAGAAGCGACGAGAAUACCCACGGGGCGCUGAUGGACUCGCUCCCCAUCGCCGUAUAUCUUGACAAGGCAUUCCCCGCCGAACAUGGACGGGGGAUCUUCCCGCGCGGCGAAGAGAGUAUCCGACAAGCCGUCAAGGUCAAUAAAGGUCUAGGCGGCGUUGUUCGCGCGGGGAUCUGCCUCAUCGCGCCGAAUAUGCCGUCUAUUCUUGACUCGCGCGGGGCGGAGUACUUUAGGCGAACUCGCGAGGCGAGAUUCGGAAAGCCGCUGGAGCAGCUGCGGCCGGCGGCGGAGGAGGGUGUGCAAGGCGUCUUGAAGAAUGUUGAAGCUGAAAUGGCGGGAGUUGUGGAGAUGCUGAGGGUUGAUGGCGGGGGACCGUUCUUUGAGGGUGAGAUGGUUAGCUAUGCGGAUUUCGUGCUUGUUGCGUUUCUGGAGUGGUUUUGGAAGGUCAAUCUCAGCGUGUUUGAGGCUGUUCCUGGGGUUGGGGAUGGAGAGGUUAGAGCAGUUUGGGAUGCUUGCCGGUGUUGGCUUCGUCAGAGGGGUGUUGAGAGGGAGUGGAAGGUUGAGGGGGAUGAAAGCUGA